AAGGAUAAGGUAACCAAAUGCUCUCUCUGGUAAACUUAGCCUUGUAACAUUACCACGGGCCUGAGCUGGACCUUGAACCUUGCAGAGGCGUGUUCCAGUCUAAUUGCCCAAAGAUGAUAGAAGACAGCAUUGACAAUAUAUAUUUUUUUAGGCAAGGAAUCAUCUCUGCAAGUUCAGAGGGCUCUGAGAGCACAAGCCCACACUUUAGCGGUGUGUUAAUGAUGCUCUGGCAAGUUGGACUAUGAGUUGGGGGGCUGGUAGAUGAAUAUUUGAGGAGUAUGCACAGAGUGUACAGAGUUAUGUGUUUGGUCUAGUCUGAGACUUUGCUCUGCUACUGAUGGGAUCAAUUCUAUGGGAAAGGAUCUUGACUUGAGGAAGAAAACUGUGGAACAGAGCUGGUGCUUUGCUUUGGCUGGUAUGUAAAGGCAUAACACAAGACAACGUAUGCAGUCAAACCAUAGAUGUUUGGACCUUGAAGUCAACUCCUCUGAACCAAAAAUCACUCCGGAAACUAAAGGCAUGGAGGUUCCUCUUGGCACACUGCACCAUUCAUUGUUUGCAGAAGACCAAAAUGGAAAUGACAUUUCUUGCCUUACUGACACUUCAUCUGAUUCACCAAGGGACACCAGUAGUCAUGGUCAGACAUAUAGCCCUGCUGAUGUAGAGAUGACAGUGGACUGUGUCAGUGAUCUGAUUUCAUCAACCAGCAUCAUUAAAAAAGUGGAUAAACAAUCACACAUGUCUGCUGUCAGCUGUAUGAAAACUGCAGGUGACAACUGUAACCAGAAUAUGACUUUUAUGGUCAUGGGCCUACAGAAUGGCAAUAUUGAUUCUGAAAGUACCACAUCAGAUGUCUGCGAUCUCCCCGUGAAGAAUGGUGAGGCCGUUUCAAAGACGUGCCCCAACACUGAUGCAGAACAGGCCUUUGUCAUAGGAUCUGUUCCUCCAUCAGGCUCUAGCUCCAAUGAGAAGUACAGCUCUGUGAGUUCUGGUGAGAUGCUAAUUAGGAGCAACAGUUUUAUCAUUCAUGAAUCCGAACAACUACUCAGUGCCUCGGUCUUAGAGGAAUCUUCAGACAUGCCUUCUGACGCCGGCAUGAUGCCUAGCUUGUUGCCUGAUGUUUGUGAGGGUCUGGUUAAUAACAUGGUCAGUACUACAGGACAAAUCAAUACACAUCCUGACUUUGGAGUCACCUUCAUCCAGCCAUGCAAUCAGACUUUCACGAUGGAAGAGGAUGUCUUUCAAACAGUUUUUCAUAAUGGACCUGAGGGAAGCAGAGCUUCAAAUUUGGUUGCAGGAGUUAAUCAUAUUGAAUGUGUCACACCAACUAAUAUGAAAAAAAGUCAUAUUGAAGCUGAGAGAGCCACUCGCUCCACACCGAUUGAAGGCAAAACUUUCCAUGUUCCAAACUCUGAGGAACUAGACAUUAGUGGUAAUGCCCAGACCUCUACUCCUGUUCAGUCUUUAAACUCUAAAACAUUUUGCUUUUCAGAAUCUCCUCUUAACAACAGUAAGAGUGUUUCUGGGAGUCCGUUGGUCCAAGUCAUGAAGGAACAGCAGAGUUCUGUCUGUCAGAAACCUAAAACAUCAUUGAUGGCAUCCACUAAAAGUACUAAGUUAGAAACUAAAACGUAUGCUAAGCCUGACUUCAGUAAUAUAAGGUCUAAAAUCAUGUCUAAACCCAACAGUGUCUUGAAGCCAUCAAAUGUGGCUGUUGUCAAUGCUUCUUCAAAUAUAAAACAGCUCAAAAUCCAGUCUAAACCUUCACAUUCCAUGCAAAGCAUAGCAUCUCCUAACAAAUCAGCCUCUGCAAUUUCUUCCAGCUCCACACUCACAUGUGGAAGCAUUAAGAUGGAUCAGAACAACAUGAUUAAAAGAGCACACUCAUCCACUUGUCAAGAUACUGCACCUGCUCGGAAGUCCCGGCCUCGCAUGUGGUCGGAGACUGAGCCAAAAACAAAUGGAGAAGACACAACUGUAAAGGAGUCCCAGAUCACUAGGACUGAAAACACCUCUGCUAAUGCAAAAAGCUCAUCCAUAGGAGGUUUUCUCAGACGGACUAGCCUGACCAGACAUGCUUCUUCUAGAGUGGAAAAAUGUCUCAAGAAACCACAGAAGGCCAAUCCAAAAGCAGACUCAUCCCGGCCAGUAGGAGCAGCACUGUGUGAUUGGCGCAAAAGCAGUCUUGGCUCCCAGCCAUUGUCAUCCAGGCCAGGAGGUGCUUCACCUGCACAAACUCCAGCUGCAAACCUUCGGCCACCACCUCCGUCUGCAUCAAAGCUUAAGCCUGGCACGGCACGGAAAAAUGGCUGCACCUCCAGUGCCAUGCCUUCUCCUUCUCCGAGGAGAAAACUGAGUACAUCUGGAGGUAAUCCAACCAAGCGUGUUACUGAAGGUUCAGGAGCCGAGGGUUCAGGGGGAACCGUUUCCAGAUUCUCUCUUACAGCUGGCCACCCACAUUCAUCAGCCUCAAAACUGCCCAUGAAGACAAGGACCCAAGUCAAAAGCUUGAGUACCAUCAGUGGACUCACCAAGCCUGGAGACAAGAAAACAUCUUCACUGUCAAACACACCUGGGAGGUGUGCAGUAAGUGUACCGAAACCCUCUGUUUCAUCACGACCUGCUCGAAUUCCUGCUACCGUUUCAGUUGACAAAAGCAAAGCAAAGGGGAGCUCACGGAGCCAGCAGCAAGGCCACGCCAACGGUCAUCCGGACCUGGUGCCACCAGAGACCAAGCCACGAGGGCUGGAGUACUACAAGGCUCUGUGUGAGAAAAAGAACCAAACCAUCCAGCAGCUGAAGAACAGUUUUGUUGCCAGCAACCGCAGAUUUGAAGCCAUCGCUGUUGUUGUGCAAAACCUUUACAUACAGAAUGAAGAAUCAGUGAAACGGUAUCAGGAGCAUGCUGUGGAACUGCUCGACCUGCGUGAAGAACUCGUGAACUCCGUGCAGUCAUGCGAGCGUCUGGAGAAGGAAAAGGAGGAGCUGCAUGCGGCCUUCGAUGGAGUGCUGCAGAAAGUGCAGGAGCAGCACCGCAUGGACCUGGCUGACCUGGAGGAGCGCUUGAAAACCUUCUACACAAAUGAGUGGGAGAAAAUCCAGCAGUCCUAUCAGGAAGAAGCAGAGAAGUACAAAGGCCUGAUGGAGCAACAGCUGGAGGAACUGAGAGCCAAACAUGAGGCUAUGCAGAAAGACCUGGAAGAAAGCCACGGAGAGAAGGUUAAGGGCCUUAAACAGCACUAUGAAGAAUCUUUUGAAGAACUCAGAAAAUAUCACAAGCAGGAGAUGCAAGCGCUGGAAAAAUUGCAAAAAGAAACAGAAUCGACAUUAACUAAUCAAAUUGAGGAGCUCACUACAGCCAACAGGUACUUUAGUGAGAGGCUGAAAGCAGAAGAGGACCGAAGGAAAGAACUUGCUGACAAAUGUCUGAAGGAUUCUCACACCCUGUAUCUGGAGCAAGAGCUCGAAAGCCUGAAAGUCGUGCUGGACAUAAAGAACAAGCAGAUCCACCAACAAGACAAGAAAGUGAUGCAAAUGGAAAAACUGAUGGAGAAAAAUGUGAAGCUUGAGGAAUGUCUUAAUAAAGUCCAGCAAGAAAAUGAAGAUUUGAAAGCCAGGAUGGACCGACAUGCUGCAUUAUCAAGGCAACUGUCUACAGAGCAGGCAGUCCUGCAGGAAUCACUUCAGAAGGAGACAAAAGUGAACAAGCGUCUGUCAAUGGAAAACGAGGAGCUGCUGUGGAAGCUACAGAACGGAGACCUGAGCAGUCCACGUAAGAUAUCUCCCUCAUCUCCAUCCAUGACUCUGCAGUCCCCUCGCCAUUCAGGCCUUUUCUCCAGUCCUCCCGUUUCCCCCAGAUAACACUGGUCAUCAGCUUCCAGGAAGCAGCUUCUCAAACAUUUUGCCAGGGACAGAGUUCUUGUAUACACUUGAAGGCUAUAUUAGUCGUGUGGGUCCACAGCCUGUCACCUGAAGGACAUUAAUCCAAAAUGGAUCGACUCUCAGGUGAACCUUGUACAGUUGAAUGAACGUUGUGACUGAUAAAAAGAUUGCACAGAAGCACUUAAUCAAUAAGGCCGCCUUUUUGUAUUUUGCCUUUCACAUCUGAUUUUGGAAGAAAAAAAAUAUCUCAGGGCUUGUAUAUAAUUUCUCAUGCCACUAGACUGUCAUACCACAUGAUUUGUUUUUUUGUCCUUCAUUAUCUGGGAAGGCACGUUGCUGGCAAAAAGCUUUACGUCUUCGGUGUCUAUGCAUAUGACUUGUGUGCUAUCAAAAAAAAAAACAUUAUGACAGUGUUUGACUUUUUUUUUUUACAAA